UUUUCUUUAGGAAAACUUUAAUGUCUGUUUUGAGUGUAACAAAUGUUAAAUACAAGAAAACUGAACAUAAAACAGAGAGAAAACGAAUAAAAUGAUCAGACAUUUAUUUAAAAAAGAGAGAGAGAGAGAUGAGCGUUUUACAUCUAAAUUAGAUAUCUAUCUGUGGCUUCUUUUCAGUCCGUUUGCAGUUUUUUAUGUUGUUUACCAAAUGAAAUCGUAACUAGUCUUUUAACGUGGGUAUUUUUGUAGUUAUACAUAAAAACAUGUUUCGUUUCUAGCUCGAUGUUACGCUUUUCUCAUCAGGCACCGUGACGGACGCUCCGCUAACGUCAUCUCCAUGCGCCUUGGGUCCUGCCUCUGCCACCGUCGCUCAGCGUGUGUUCUUCGGUUGUCGACCUCUCCUGUUUUUCCUCUACACCUUGGCUCUCACCAUGUCCCGGUGCCUCUCGCUGACUCGGUUCGCUCUCGGUUCCUCACGACUCACAUUAUGCACCAGAGGUCUACAGACUCGGGCUGCCCCGCGCCCCCUCACUGGUGGUAAGUUUGUGAACCCCCUUAGAUGACCCGGUUCGGACAGCUGCUACAUCCGUAGACACGAACCUGGGCUUUUCUGAAGUUCUGUAAGAGUAUGCAGCUGAUUUUAGCAUGACUCGGUCCAGAUUCGAAGAGUCUGAGUGGUACAUUUCUGGAUCAGGACGCAGGAUUAAUUUUGUAGGAUGGUAGGGAAAGGUGCCGCCCUCCUUCACCUCUGAUUGGCUAAAAGUGCUGGGCUCCGAUUGGUUAUUCCUUAUGGCUGUGAAAUGUUAUGUCUGUCGGGUUAGGGUUAAAAUAUUCAGAAUUGUGAUAAUGUUCGGAUCAAUGUACAGAUGGUGCGUUCGAGUUACCUCGGAAGUCUGAUGUCGGAGCGUUUCAGUUCCUAGCAUUUCAGUUACCAAGUCGUAAAAAAGCGAAACCAGAGGCCUAAGACAAGAUGGCUACAUCUACAAAAGUUAUGCUAGCGUGUGCCUAACGCUAAAAUAACUUUCGUAAGUGUAGCCAUCUCGUUUCCGCCUCAGAUUUUGCUUUUUUCCAACUUGGUACUUAAAACACUGAUAACUCAGGUGUGACGUCACUUUCAGCUCUGACUUCUGACUUCUGAGGUAACUGGAACAUAGCAAUACUUUAGUUUUGACGUCAAGUGCGAGUAGCUAUAACUCAGAAGAUUUGCGGUAGACUGAAAAACUGUUUUUUGCUGCGUUAGAGUAACCUCGGAAGUCUGAUGUCCGAGCCGGGAAUGACAUCACACCCGAGUUGCCAGUGUUUCAGUUACCAAGUCGGAAAAAAAGCAACAUCGGAGGCCUGAAACAAGAUGGCUACAUCUACGAAAGUUAUUCUAGCGCGUGCCUAAUAUUCGGACAAGGCAAGUGCUAAAUUAACUGUAGAAGUAGCCAUCUUGUUUCUGCCCCCGAUUUUGCUCCGCCUCCUCUGGGAACUCGGGUGUGACGUCAUUUUCAGCUCAGACUUCUGACUUCCGGGGUAACUCGAACGCAGCGAGAGCCGACAGCCCGCGCUCGGCUUCAGCGUGUGAUGAAGUUUCACAGCCAAUCAGAGUCAAAGGAGGCGGGACCUUGCCCCCUACCAUCCUUAGGGAAAAAAAUAGCGUGAUCAGGACCUGGUCCAAUGAGGUCUAGACUGAAAUAAAAUUAAUAAAAUGCAAUAAAACGUCUAAUUAACUAUUCUUAUAUAUAAGUAGAUUCUUUCAAACGAUGGCAUCUGGAGACCAAACUUAGGGGUCAAUUUCUGAGGUGGUUGCAGAAAGCAUCCCAGUAACUUUCAGCUGUAAAUUAAAAGUUGAUUUGAAGUUGUUCCUCUAAAAUCAGUAUAAUCCUUUUGGACUUUCAAAGUAGCCUAACCACAUAACUCCUCCUGUGUUCAGGUUUGGCGGUCGCUCAGCAGCAGCAGCAGAGGUGGAGCAGUCGGCCCAGAGUUUGGAGCUCGCAGAGAUCCUGCCUCGGCUUCAGCCAGCAGUCUUUCUACAGCACCCAGGAAGCUGAAAAAGAGCCUGAGGAGGAGCCUCUUCACACCAUCAUCAGUGAUACAGAGUCUGUACAAGGUGCUGCUAAAGCUGCAGACAUAAGUCUCCUGAGAUGUUACCAAACAAACUCUGUACAGAUAAUCUGACCUUUGUUUAACCUUUGAUCCCACACAGGCACCUUCGCCAAACAUGAAUUUCAGGCAGAGACAAAAAAACUUCUGGACAUUGUCGCCAGGUCUUUGUACUCUGAGAAGGAGGUGAGCGGGUUUGUUCCUCGUGACAGUUUCCUGACCUUUUAAAUUGUGUAUUUUGGCUGAUUUGCUGCCUCCUCGUCUUCCUCCACGUCCACACAGGUGUUCAUCAGAGAGCUGAUCUCAAACGGCAGUGACGCUCUGGAAAAACUCCGCCACAAACUGUUGGCAGCAAGUGGCGAGACGGCUCCGAUGGAGAUCCACCUUCAAACCGACGGCGCGAAGGGCACCUUCACCAUCCAGGUAUAACUCUGACGAAGAUCUGCUAUCAAAGUUUUUAAUAACCGCUCUUUCCACAGCUGAAACAAAGUGUAAUGUUCGAUCUUUUGUUAGAAAAAUAUAAAUGCAGAGAUUGAUAGAACUCUUUAAAUGUCAUCCUUGUAGCUGGUUUGUCACAGGACCAGAUUGCUGCAGUAGAAAAAAAGGCGUCCUCUGCGCUUGUGUGUGUUGAUGUUUUUUUGCAUAACAGUGCCGCCUUGUGGAUGAAUAUUGUAUAACAGUUUACCGUCUGCUCUGACAGGACACAGGAGUGGGGAUGAAUCAGGAAGAGCUGGUGGCCAACCUGGGUACUAUUGCACGCUCUGGAUCCAAGGUGAGAAACUCUCUUUCAAGCCUUGUCCUGCAUUCAGAUGUACAUCAUUAAUUCACUAGAUUUGUCUGACACUGACUGUUCCUGCUUCGUAGGCAUUUCUGGAUGCCCUGCAGAACCAGGCUGAGGCCAGCAGCACCAUCAUCGGCCAGUUUGGAGUGGGAUUCUACUCGGCCUUCAUGGUGGCUGACCGUGUCGAUGUCUACUCCCGGGCUGCUGAGCCUGAUGCACCCGGAUACAAGUGGUCCUCAGAUGGGUGAGAGAGAUGUAGCGCUGCAGAAAUUAAAUUAAAUUUGAUAAAGACUUUUUGUAACGUGAUGCUGAAAUGUUCUCCAUCUUUGUCUCCUUCAGCUCUGGAGUUUUUGAGAUCGCUGAAGCCAGCGGUGUCCAGCAAGGAACAAAGAUUGUUCUGCACCUGAAAGACGACUGCAAGGAGUUUUCCACUGAGGACCGAGUCAAAGGUAUGAGUGCUGAAGUCUGACCGCUUUAAAGGGAUAUUCUGGGUUAAAAUUAAUUUAGGGUCAAACACACAGAGGUAGACACCCCCUUGAGAGAUGAAUGUUGCCGACUGCUUGCUUCUCUAGUUAUACCAACUUUAGUAACAACCGCACAAUAGCGAUACACAGCAGUCUGAGGAGCCAUAAACAAACCUCACCCAAAACGCCACAUAGCCACAAAUAAUGCUCAGAACAGCACCCAACUUCAUCAACAGGACAUAUAGGGUCCCAGCCAUAGUACUAGCCACCAAACAUCUUUUUAACUUUACCUAAACACAACUCACCUACUCUCUUCCAGCAGGCCAGUCCAUUACAGACAACAGCGGGGUGCCACAGCUCAAGGAACAACAUUUAUGAUCAUUUCUUUAUCAUUUCCUUGAAGUAACAAUCAUCAUAUUAAUCAUUUUGCACUAGAGAGGCGGUAGUUUUUCUGCCUUAGCAUCUUAGCAUCAGCAUCUGAUUGUAUUUCCAUGAAAAAAUGAUCAUAAAUGUUCUUCCUUGAGCUGCGUCACCCCGCUAUUGUAUUGCUAUCCUGCGGUUGUUACUUAAGUUGAAGAAAGCGGUCGGCAACAUUCAUCUCUCGAGGGGGUGUCUAACUCGGUGUUACGGUGUGUUUGACCCUAAAUUAAUUUCACGCUGGAAUAUCCCUUUAAGGUGACACUCAUGAAGGUUUCCCUGCGUAUGACUGUACGGUUCUGUGUGUCUUUCAGAGGUUGUUACAAAGUACAGCAACUUUGUCAGCUUCCCCAUAUUCCUGAACGGACGGCGGCUCAACACUCUGCAGGUCAGUCCGUCUGUAAAAGAACUCCAUGACGGUUUAAACGGAUUCAUGUUUGCGUUUGAACUUUUUAAAAAGUGAUUUCUGUUCGUCAUGUGUCUCUGCUCAGGCUCUGUGGAUGAUGGAGCCGAAAGAGAUCAGCGACUGGCAGCACGAGGAGUUCUACAGAUACGUCGCCCAGGCCUACGACAGGCCCCGCUACACGCUGCACUACCGCGCAGACGCCCCGCUCAACAUCCGGAGCAUCUUUUAUGUCCCUGAAACGGUGAGAAAUGCACUUAAGUCGUGUUAUUCUCUCUUGUUGUAAUCUCAGGAGAUAUAUUAUUUUCUUACUAAGUUGAUCCCAUUUUUCCAACAGAAGCCGAGCAUGUUUGACGUGAGCAGGGAGAUGGGAUCCAGUGUUGCUCUGUACAGCAGGAAAGUCUUGAUCCAGACCAAAGCCGCCGACAUUCUGCCCAAGUGGCUGCGCUUCCUCCGAGGUCCGAGUCACUCUAAAUUCAUAAAACGAGGUUUGCAUGAGUAAGAAGGAAGGAAGACUUUCAGUUUGAUGUAUUUUCUUGUUGCAGGUGUGGUGGACAGCGAGGACAUCCCUCUGAAUCUGAGCCGAGAGCUGCUGCAGGAGAGCGCCCUCAUCAGGUACGACACAAGCUCAUCACCCUGUUAUCUCUCUUUAACGGUUGAACUCGCUCCUUUAUUUCCUGAUAUCGAUCGGGUGAAUAUCUUUAACCCCCGCCUCUGUCUUCAGGAAGCUGAGUGACGUUUUACAGCAGAGGAUAAUCCGCUUCCUGCUGGACCAGAGCAGGAAGGAGCCGGAGAAGUACAGCAAGUUCUUCGAGGACUACGGCCUCUUCAUGAGGGAGGGCAUCGUCACCACGCACGAUCAGGACGUGAAGGUGACCCGUCCCCUUUAAUUACAGUCUGCAUUAGGCCUGAACGAUAUAUCGUUUGACUAUCGUCAUCGCGAUGUACGUGUGUGCGAUAGUCACAUCGCAGAGCCUGCGAUAUUGGAGGUGAAUGAACUCAUUUAAUUUCAAGGGUAACCGACUGAGAAACACUGCAUGUGACUCUGCAUGUGCUGUGCAGCGAUCCACCAAUCGCCUUCGUCCUUAACUCAGUUGCCAAUCAGACUCACUUCUCAGUUGCCAAUCAGACUACCCUGCCAGCUGUCAAUCAAAAUCAGGGAGGAGAAAACCCACCCCUGCACAUGUUCUGCACAUGGAGGGAGACGUGUGUCCGCUGAGAAUUACUUUCGGAACUUUACUCAUGACUAUUAAGCCCAACAAAUAAGAACUGUAUGGGUUUUAAAUUGUACAUUUCCGUGGACCACUCUACUAUAAGCAGUGCGCGUUUUGCGAGGUGCAUGCAAUUCUCGGAGGACAUGCGUUUCUCGGUACAACACCGCUAACAACAACAACAACGAUCGCAAAAUGAACAACGAACAAGCGAAAACCACCGAAAAUGAAGUCAAUUAUCUGGAAUUAUUUCGGUUAAAAGAAGGAUGAUGUCGACCAAAACACGUCUUCUGUGUUCAUCUGUUGCCACAAUAACGUCCCAGCACAAUAAAAGCUAAAAAUAUCUCUGAGACAGACAGAAGCCGUUCUACUAACAUUCACAAAAAGAGGUAAGAUCAGAGCAGAUUAACUGUCCUCAAGAUUUCAGCAGUGCAGCAUAACAUUAAGUGCUAUUCAGGUCAUCUGGUGAAAAUACUGUAUUUUUAAUAUCGCAAUAUAUAUCGCAGGGUUGAAAAAAUCGCAAUAUUAUUUUUUUCCAAUAUCGUGCAGCCUUAGUCUGCAUUCAAAUCAGUGUCAAUGAUCUGAUUCUGAGAUCACCUUUUCAUCCUCUGUGUCGUCUGUGCAGGAGGACAUCGCUAAGCUGUUGAGGUUCGAGUCCUCCGCUCUGCCAGCGGGACAGCACACCAACCUGAUGGAGUACGCCUCACGUAUGAAGGCCGGGACGCGCAACAUUUACUACCUGUGCGCCCCAAACCGCCACCUCGCAGAGCACUCCCCUUACUACGAGGCCAUGAAACAGAAAGACAUGGAGGUGAGAGGGAAGCGGCGAUGAAGGGAAACGUUUUUCUCCUGCGUCAGCCAUCGUAUUUAUGGUUUAAAGUUUGUUCCCCCUCGUUUGUGCAGGUGCUGUUCUGCUACGAGCAGUUCGAUGAGCUCACUCUGCUCCACCUCCGAGAGUUCGACAAGAAGAAGAUGAUCUCAGUGGAGACGGACAUCGUGGUCGAUCACUACAAGGAGGAGAAAUUCGAGGACAUCAAGCCGGGUCCGCUCCUCUCACACACCGGUGUUUAAAGCUCGGCUCUGCAGCUUAUCGCAGCCCUCCGUCCUGACUCUGUGUUUGUCGUCUCUUCUUCUCUGCAGCCUCCGAGCGUCUGACUCAAGAGCAGGCCGAUGACCUCAUAUCCUGGAUGAAGAACGCUUUGGGCCCCCGGGUUACAAACAUUAAGGUACGACCGGCUUCAUGUUUAAUGCAGAUUUCCCCGAAGGACGGACACAUCACGUAACACACUCUCUUUCUGAUGCUUAGCUGACUCCCCGCCUGGACACCCACCCCGCCAUGAUCACAGUGCUGGAGAUGGGUGCCGCACGCCACUUCCUCCGCACGCAGCAGCUGGCUCGCACCCCUGAGGAGAGAGCUCAGAUUCUGCAGCCCACUCUGGAGAUCAACGCAGGGUGAGAAACAGAUUUCAGGUGGAUUAAAGGUCAGUUUUGUUUUUUUGUUAUGUUCUCUUUUAACCAGUUUGUACCUCUCCUGCCGCCUCAUAGACACGAUCUGAUCAAGAAGCUGCACGCGCUCAAGGACUCAGACUCUGGACUGGCUGGACUGCUGCUGGAACAGGUAACAUGAGUCUAAUGACCGCCGUCGCUAAUCCGAUGCAGCGGGGAGUUUUUUUAAGCAACGUAAUGAAAGUAAAUUGAGGGUUAACGGUUGAAUUGAAUCAUCCUCAAAUUAAAAGACUCCUCAGGCUUUAAAGGGAUAUUCCGGCAUAAAAUUAAUUUAGAGAGUUAGAGUUAGACACCCCCUCGAGAGAUGAAUGUUACCGACUGUUUGCUUCUCUAGUUAUACCAACUUCAGUAACGACCGCACGAUAGCAAUACACAGCAGUCUGAGGAGCCAUAAACAAACCUCAACCAAAACGCCACAAAAAAUGCUCAGAACAGCACCUAACUUCAUCAACAGGACAUAUAGGGUCCCAGCCACCAAACAUCUUUUUAACUUAACCCAAUUUCUUUGGCAAAGAGACUAAACACAACUCACCUACUCUCUUCCAACAGCCACAUGUUUGUAGCGAGACCUCGGGCCAGUCCAUUACGGACUACAGCGGGGUGUCGCAGCUCAAGGAAGAACAUUUAUGAUCAUUUCUUUGUCAUUUCCUCGAAGUAAUAAUCACCAUAAUAAUCAUUUUGCACUUCUGCCUUAGCGUCUCAGUCCGAUUCGGCAACAUUCAUCUCUCGGCGGUGUGUCUAACUCGGUGUUACGGUGUGUUUGACCCUUUAUUAAUUUGACACCAGAAUAUCCCUUUAAGCACCAGCGUCUUCCCUCGUUAUUUUUUCCAGAUCUACGACAACGCCAUGAUCACGGCAGGCCUGAACGACGAUCCCCGACCCAUGAUCUCCCGUCUGAAUGAUCUGCUGACUAAAGCUCUGGAGAAGCACUGACAGCUCGAACAGACAUGAACAGACAGACUGUGUUCGGAUGACGGCGGCCUGCAGACUUGGUGUUUUUGCAGCAGCAGCAGAGGGACUUAGAAGGCCAUUUGUGAAAAGAAAGGCAGGCCUCUGUUCAUCCGAAGCCACCAGACCACAUCGCUUCCCCCCUCUGGAAACCUUCAUCACCCUGUUUGGAGAGGAUACAAAGGCUUACGAAGCUCAGAGGGCGUGAAGAUGAACUGCUGACAGCUUCUUCUCUUGCACUUACAUGUCUUUAAACUCGGUGUUCAGCUGUUUUCAAACCUUGAUCAGAGGAUAUGUGCCUAUCAGAAGGUAGUCCCGAUUACACCUCCCAUGUUACAGUGACAGUUUUCUGGAUUUCUCCUCCUGCUUUCACAACCGGACAUAGACAUGAAGCAGAAAAGCAAAGACGGUGCAUUGAUUAAUUGCUCCCUUUGUGUUUGUACGCGCCCUUGAAAGAUUGCAUUGUUUUCCCGCGUAAAUGCUUUUUGUUAACUUUUGAAAUCUGUGAAAAGAAAGUACCCGAAACCGGGGAUAUACUGUAAGAUAUACUGGAUUCAUGGAGCUGUGUGCGCUCUUCAACAACCCAUUUCUGUGACGAUUAAAGAUGCAAAAAGAUCCAAACUUUCUUGAAAAUACUUUACUGCAUUUCAAAUUAGCAUGACAUCUCAGCUGAGAGGGUAGAAGAUGAGAGUAACCUGAACCUCAAAGCUCCUCCUCCAGUGCGCUGUCUAGUAGAGACUGAGGACUUUUGAGACGGAUGGUUCAAAGAGUUUUAGUGAAGUGAUUCUCAGGGUUUUUUCUCUGUCAGCGUCCCAGCGCCGUCUUGUCCGUUUCGAAUCACAUCAGGCCGUUUUGACCCAUCACACCUCCUGCAAAGGAUUCCUCUUCUCUGUGAGCUAACCUGCUUCAGGUCUCACCUCCUGACCGUCCGUCAAGAUCCACACGUCCCAGGAGAGUGUCAGGAGAGCUUGUCAAUGUUGGCGAGGAAACGCUGCGCCCACCAUUCAUCCAGAUCAAUGGGCACAAAGUCUGGAGAAAAUAGAAGAAAAGAGGAAAAUUACGUGAAGAAAUAAAGAAUAUCUAAAGAGGGUUAAACGGAGCAGGAAGAAUUCGAGUUAAAACUUUAUGUAAGUACAGAAAAACAGCUCAGUGGAGUGGUCGUUAUUAUAUGCGGUUGGCUGGUGUUUUUACUCUCACGCUCACUCACGCGAUGUAUAUAUAUUUUUUGCCGUUAAUAACGUUAACUAUCAAUGAACACUUGGCUUUAAUCGCCGUCAUUACAGAAACACAUGUAAACGCCCUCUAAAACAUCACUUCACUUAAUUGGUCACGUUAUCCUUUUUAAAUACAAACCCGAAUUCAUACAGCCUUCUACGUUAGCAUUGCUACCUAUGAACAAACUAAAGCAAUUAGACGCAAAUUAGCAUCGACUAACAAUAAACGCUUGGCUUUAAUCGCCGUAGUUACAGUAACACAUGUAAACACCUUAUAAAAUAUCUCUUUAUUUACUUAAGAACUUUGUCACGUUAUCAAACCUGAGUUUAUACAGCCCUCUAGUGGACAAGCUAAGGAACUGCAAUACACUGCAUGUAAAGAUAAUGUCAAUAACGUCUCGGAAAAGAAUUGUAUUUCCGGUAAAUAUUUUCAAAAUAAAACAAAUUAGCUAUAAAUACGUAUCAUAUGAGUUUUGACUUUUUUUAAUUUAAUUUUUGAAAUAACAGAAAACGAACCAUAAAUAUAAAUUAUUAAAAUACCAAUUAUUUUUUGAUCGUUCUUAUAACAUGAAAAGGUUAAUGAUUAUAAUUGUUUUGCAUAUAUUUUCUUGUAUUGCUUUUAAUGUCAGAAUAAAAAUGUUAUUUUAUUGUACAUUCA